AGUGACUGCAACUUGGAAGCAUCGACUGGGACUGUAAUGGAUGAAGGAGAGGACAGCGAGGAUCAAAUCAAGAAAACUAUUCAGACCGCAAGCAAACCUGCUGAGGACAAAACCCACUCAGACUCACAGAUUCAAGUAGAACUGCAAGGGUCCGAUCUGUGGCGCAGAUUUCACGAGAUUGGAACAGAGAUGAUCAUCACCAAAGCGGGCAGGCGAAUGUUUCCAUCUAUCCGAGUGAAAGUGAUGAACCUGGACCCAUUCAAACAAUACUACAUCGCCAUGGACAUCAAGCUUGUGGAUUCAAAGAGAUAUAGGUAUGUGUACCACAGUUCUCAGUGGAUGGUGGCUGGAAACACAGAUCACUCGUUCAUCACCCCGCGGCUUUACAUACACCCGGACUCGCCAUGUUCCGGGGAGACAUGGAUGCGCCAAGUGAUCAGCUUCGACCGGGUGAAAUUAACAAACAACGAAAUGGACGACAAAGGCCAUAUCAUCCUGCAGUCCAUGCACAAGUACAAGCCGCGCGUGCACGUUGUUGUGCAUGAGCCAUCCUUGGACGUGUCGCAAAUCGCUGCGCUCCCGACUGAAGGCGUGUGCACCUUCUUCUUUCCCGAGACCCAAUUCACAACCGUUACAGCUUACCAAAACCAACAGAUAACAAAAUUGAAGAUUGACCGAAACCCCUUUGCAAAGGGUUUUAGAGACCCAGGAAGAAACAGGGGUGUAUUAGAUGGUGUGCUGGACUCUUACCCAUGGCGAAAUCCAUUGGGCCUCAAUUUGAAACCAUUAACUCUGGAGCUGCAAGGUGAAAAUUUUGGGUCAUCCGAGAGCUGUGCUGACAUUUUCCCUCUGAAAAGGCACUUGACACACUCCAGUUCCUUGCUUUCCCAUUCAUUCACCCUCUCUGGGUAUGACAGUGAUCUGCACAGCUUCAGUGUCCCAAUCUGCUCUAAAGUGACCUCCUUCACAGGCCAACCCCACUACAGUUUCCUACCAGACAGAUUCAGAGGUUACUCAGGGGUACGGCCAUUGAUGGACUACCCCAUACUGUCUCCUCUCCAUGUAAAAAAAAUAGGAGGGUUCAGGGGCCAGUGCCUCCAUAACCACUCCUUGUUUUCCAUCCAGAGCCUUCAGGAGAGUCAAUCCACAGGAUCUCAGGAGGAAACAUCCUCUCUCAUGUCACCGUAUGGCCUGUACAGCUACAGUUUACCUUUUAGACCACACUUCUCCAGCAUCAGCAGUUCAUCAAAACCAGCUGACAGCAUACUACUAACAUCAUCUGAGAGCCUCCUGUGCAAAACAGCCUGGCAUUCGCCUGUCAAUCACUGCCUCUGACCUUGCUGGAUGCUAGAACUGAACUCAAGAUAAACAUGUCAUUA